AUGCCGCUAAGAACUGUGCAUACUUCUUCCCUUUUUGACCCCAAAGAGAAAAAGGUGCUCCGCGAUGUCUCCAUAACGGUUGACUCUGGAUCUGGAUUGAUCACGAGGGUCUUCAAGCGAGAUGAUACUCAAAGGCCGUUCGCUGAAAUCUUCGGAGAUGGAGAUAUUGAUCUAAGGGGAAAGUUUGUUAUGCCGGGACUAGUCGACGCACACACCCAUGUAUUUCUUCAUUCUUACGACGAAGCUGGUGCGCUCCAGCAGAAACGAGAUGAGAGCAUGACGGAGAGAAUUGUGCGUGGUGUUAACCACUGCCGGACUGCAUUGAUGGCGGGCUAUACCACGUAUAGAGCAUUGACGCUGACUGGAUCAACGUGCAGAGAUCUAGGAUCAGAAGGCAUGAAAGAGUGUGAUGCGAACUUGAGAGAUGCAAUUGCUCGAGGGUUAACCCCAGGACCCAGGCUAUUUGUUGCGACACGCAUCAUUGCCAGUACUGGGUCCUUCGAGUGUCGCACAGAAAACUCUGAGGGUGGACACUGUCUCCCUGCUGGCGCAGAUGCUGUUGAUGGUGUCGAACAAUGUCGCCAGGCAGUGCGUCGUCGUGUCGCCGCUGGGGCAGAUAUCAUCAAAUUCUUCGCAGAUUACAGAAGACGCAUCAUGCGAUCACCGCCAGCGCAGCAACAUCCCUAUAUCCCAAGUGUAACACACCCGCCAAAGGAUCCCAACCCGGACUACAUGGUCUUCUCGCAAGAGGAGAUGGACAUGAUUGUACGAGAAGCCGCGCUGGCGCGUUGCCCGGUCUCCGCUCAUUGCUGCACCCUCGAAGGCGCACUUGGGGCGAUCGAGGCGGGCGUCAACACUCUCGAGCAUGUCUAUUUUGCCACUGAUGAAAUGUUCAAGAAGAUGGUAGAGAAGAAGGUGAUCAUGGUGCCCACGCUGGCGAUUGCUGAGAAGCUGCAUGCCAGGCGUUUUGACCAAAUCCUUCAUCAGGUGAAAAGAGCUCACGAGCUUGGGGUUCGCCUUGCCUGUGGAGGCGAUACUGGCACAUAUCAUCAUGGAGACAAUGCUAGAGAGUUAGAACUGAUGAUCGAGGCAGGUAUCCCCAUUGCUGAUGUUCUAGAGUCCUGUACCGUUGGAGGUUGGGAAGCAUGUGGGGGUGAUCUUUGCGGGAGACGGUUUGGCUGGUUUGAAGAAGGAUUGCAAGCGGACAUCAUUGCUUUGAACAGUGAUCCGCACGAGGAUCCUUCAGCAUUGCGAGGUGUGAAUUUUGUGAUGAAAGAUGGAAUGAUUUUCAAAAUGAACAACGAACAGCAUAAAGAAUAG